CUACCAAAAUGAGAAACACCAUGCUUAGUUAAAAAAUUGUCAUGGAUACCAAAAUGAUGUGUAUGUAUGUCAUGUGAAAGUUUUGUCUUUUAUCAACAUUUCCUUGAUACGACAAUUCAUUCUGUCUCAUAAAAGACAAUGAAGACAGAAUGAAAAGAAACAAAUUGGUGAAGAUGUCCUUUGACCCUUUUACUCAACUUUCUAAUUUUAACUAAACUUUUUGCAAGUGCUGUCACAAUUAACUAGGUUCCGCAUAUUCAGCUUGUUUGUUGGGAAGCUUGUCCAUUUGUUUCCCUUGCUCUUGACUUCAUUAUACAUUGAGUAAAUUAAGAAUUUUCUCACUUUGGUCCGUGAGCACAAGAGUACUAUAAUUCACAUGUUUCACUUCUUGCCUUCAAAACCUUAGUAAUGCAUGCUACUUGUUGCUAUAUAUAUCAAAUGCAAACAAACAGACCCCUCAUUUCACUUUUAUAUGACAAUUAUCUCCCAAAUGUAAUAACAAUUCAUUACUUGUUUGUCUUGACACAAAUAGGAAGCAAAUCUGUAGACUGUAGUGGUGUUAAGAAAAUAAUUUUCCAUGGAAAGGAAAGCAUUAGAAAGUGAGGCAAGUCAUGAAAACUCCAAACAUACUCAGGCUGAUCAUGAAGUUCCAGUAAUAUACUACCUUUCUACAAAUGGACAGCUUGAGCAUCCUCAUCUCAUGUAUGUUUCAAUCUCUUCUUCACAUGGAACACCGCGACUUAAAGAUGUGAUAAGUAGGUUGAGUUUUCUCCGAGGACAAGGAAUUGUCAGCAUGUAUUCUUGGUCUAUCAAAAGGACUUACGGAAACGGGUAUGUGUGGCAAGAUUUAUCUGAGAACGAUUUCAUUUACCCGAGUAGCAGUCAUGAAUAUGUCCUGAAAGGAACACAACUCAUAGAACCUUCAAGGUAUACAUCCAAUGGAACAAUAUUAUCAAUGCCAAGCUCCAAGAGUUCCAAUGAAAGAAACAGUUAUAGCACGGAUGCUGCAGACUCCCCUUCUUCCACCAUGAAGGACUCGCAACGUGAAUGCAAGCUUUACAAGGCAAAAGUAUGCAGGGAUUUUGCUGAAAAAUCUUCUAAUGCUUCGACACAGACGAAGGAGAUGACAAGUAGGAAUAGGAUGGAAAUGGAUCAGCAAGGUGAAAGGCGUUGUCAUGGAAAUGCUGCUGCAAGGAAAUUUGAUGAGAAUAGAGGGUCUUUGUCAUCAUCCAGCUCCAAUUUUGAAUCAUUGGAAGGGUACUCUUUGGAACCAGAAGAUAUCAGAAACCAAAAGAUAGAGAAUGAACGCCCAAGUGGGAGGAUGAGAGCAACACAAGUUCUCAUGCAGUUGGUUAGCUGUAGAAGUACUAUAGAGGAACUCUGAGUGAGUCACUGAAAUUUGAUUCACUUUGCAGUUUUUAUUAGUUAUUGUUAAUAUGUUUAUUAAUUAUGAUCAUGGAUGGAUUUGCAUUGAGUUUUGUUCUAUAUGGAUGGUGAUAAAUCAAACCAUUCAAUUCAUAUGUGGAAGGAGGUUUUACUAUCAUCCAUUAGGUUAUUUAAUUGUUGUUUCGUUAUAGGGUUAAUAUAGAUUGAUAGCUUCGAGCACGAUGAAA